AAACUAUCUAUUGAAAGAUUUGAAAGCAGAAAUAAGAUUUCACAUAAGUUUGAAGUAUAAUCAGAAAAGAUUUAAUGAAAAUGAGUUGCAAAAGAUGCGUUUUUACUUUGAGUGAAUACACUACCAGUCACGGUUUUUGGGGUUCGCUGUUGGCUGGCCUGUUGGAGCCGGAGAACAAUGGAUUCAGUCCACUGAAUCUAUUGUUCUCUGGUUCUCGACGGGUGACAGCGGGCCGAGGAAUUGUGACUGGUGGUAGAAAGAAGCCAUUUGAGACUGCCCUUGAUAUUGGCUGUGGGUCUGGCCAAUUAACACGGUCCUUGUCACCUUACUUCAAUGAUGUAUUGGGAGUUGACAUUAGUCCUGCGCAGAUAGGUGUUGCAAAGACAGCUCAAAACCCCCAGAAUGUGUCUUUCAGUGUUGGCAAAGCAGAAGAUUUACCUGUUGCCGACUCUUCAUUGGAUCUUAUCACAUCGGCCAGUGCGAGCCAUUACUUUGACUGGUCAAUGUUCCCCAAGGAGGUUAAUCGCGUCCUUAAACCUAACGGAUGUCUUGCUGUCUUAGGAUUUCACCAUCUUUACAUCGACCAUCCAAAUGAAGCGAUAAGGAAGAAACUGGAUGAUUGUGUUGAGUCAUAUUUCGACUAUGAGAACAAUGUACGCUUGAAGGACUAUUCACCAAUCCAGUAUCAACAUACAAAAGAAGGAUACAGAACUUUACAAGUUCCGUUUGAUGACCAAAAAUGUGUUAACGUAGACUUGCGAUAUGAUAUUUCGAUUACGGAUUUUAUUGAGUGUACUAAAACUUAUGCCGCUGCUGUCCAGCUCAUGAAGGACAACCCAGGAACUUCAUAUUUUACUGACUUUAAACACAGUAUCAUGUCCAUUCUUGGCGCCGAAGAACCCGAUGUCACAAUGGUGAAGUCUCGAAUGCCUGUCUUUGUGAGACUCGCGAGAAAACCUGGCAAACAUUAAUUAAACAACUCAAUUUGAAAAUGAGUGCAAGCUCUAACUUCCAGCCGUCGAGGCCAACGACACUUUAAUUAAUUAUGAUAUGUGUUCACCAUGUGCACCUUUAUAAAAUGGCGGCAGUCAUGUUUGCCUGAAACGCAGUGCAUCGUGGGAUUUUUCAAAUUUUACCAUCUUUUCAAGUUCACGUUACACAAAUUAAUGUCGGGACUUGUCAUGUUUCUACGGUUUGUCAAAUUUUCCUAAAAUAUCUUAAGAAAAUUCAUUUAAAAGCAACGUUUUUUAUAUAUUCUUUUCCCUGUUCAAUUGAUACAGCAGAACAAAAUAAAAAGUAAACAUUUUACGAGCGUCCAGCGGGGGCUGCGAUCCUGGGGGCCGGGGGCACAGUGCCCCCCCCCCCCCCCCAUACACACACACUUUUUGAAGCACUGAAAAAGGGCCUUUUCUAUGCAAGAAAAAUGCCCAAAAACGAAUGUGUACAGUGCAUGUCCUUUUCAUCGAAAGAGGUGUUUCCAUAAGUGCUCUUUCUCGUAUACGUGCCAAUGUUUUUUUAUGCUCCCUCAUUGGCGUGUUCUGUGCCCUUUUUACAUGAGAAGGACCCAUUUAAUGUAUUAGCAAGUGCCCCUUUGCCUUCUUAUAGGUGUCCUUUCUCGUAUCAGUGCCCCCUUUUACCCGAGAAAAAUGCCCCUUAUACGAACGUGUCCUGUGGUCGCUUCGCUCCUUCACUUCGGAUUUUUUUUCCAAAAAUGUAUACGCAUGCUGCCCCCAGCGAAAAUGUCUGCAGACGGCCAUUUGUAAGCUAGUGCCCUUAUUGAAAAAAAUGAUGCCCUUUUUCCCCAGUGCCUCCACUUUCAACUUCGCUCCGCCGCCUCUGGCGUCCAGUAAAAACGUUUAGACUUGAAAAUAGAUGUUUGAGAUAAAGAUUUGGCAUUGGCUAGUCCGUUUCAUUUUUAUCUAAGACAAACGAGGUAAACUACAGAGAGUUCCUUUUCAAAGUAUUGGACAAUAUUUUAAACCUGAAUUAUAAGUUGUAUACAAUGAAGGUCAUUAUUUCACCUUUAUGUUCUUUCUGUAUUGGAGAAAGUGAAACGAUCGAACAUUCCAAGUUCAAAUACAUUUUUUUUUUAAUCAGUUCGGAUAGAACUUAAUAUGUUUGACUUCUCAUUGCUAACAGUAAAAAAAGUGUAAUCCCUGGAUUAUUGUAAAAAAAUCCUAAUUUUUAAAUAAUUUUUUAUUGCAAAAAAAAUCGAUCUAUACUAGAAGAUGUAAAUCACUUACACCAAUAAUUUGUUAUUGUAUUGAUUAAUUUACUAGGUCAUAUAAAAUGGAAAAGUUUAUAGCAAUUCGAAAUAUAAAAAAGAUUGUCCACGUACGCAGGUGACGGGACGCGAAAAUAUUUUCCCACCGCCGCAGUUCCGGACCUCAAUAUCAAUAUCAGGACUUGCGUCUUCGGAAUAAAUUUGUGUACAAAACAAAUGGAGAGUUGUCAACAAAAUCAGCCAUAUUUGAUGCACGUUUGCCAAUUUGAGGAUCCCCAUAGAAAGUACAACAAGACUUUUCAAACGUCCAUAACUUGCUUAUUUCAUAACCGAUUUUGAUGAAAAUUGUUUUAAAUUGUUCCUCUCAUUUUACUCUUUCCAAUAAGAUUAAUUUUCUCUUGGAUUUUGGUUUCCUUUAAUCGGCUAGCCUAUAGGCUAGCCAUAGCCUAGCCUAGCAAUUCGUCUUGUCAUUAAUGGCAAUUUGAUAAGGGAUUAAGAAUUGGAUCUAGAUAUAUUCAAAUUCAAAUUCAAAUUUAUUUAUUUCACUUCCAUCAAUUGUACAUACAUGAAUUGUAUACCAUAUAUAAACAUAAAUUUUUGCAUACGUUGCAAAAAAAAAAUAAAAUAAUAAUGAUACAUAUGUUAACAGUUAGACAAUUUGGGCAACACAUUGUAGGUUUUAAAUAAGUGUACUAUUUUUCAAUAGAAAUUAAAUUAAGAUGGAAAUGGAGGGACCCACUAAAAAGCAAUGAUUGUACAAUGUGGGCCCCUCAAAACAUAGAUAACACAACAAAUAACAAAAUAGCAAAGUAUAAAUACAGAUAAUCAAAUGAGAAAAAAAUAAAUAACUGAGAGGGAAAUACUUACAAAAUAAAUACAAAGUUAUCAAAAAUAUACAGUUAGAUAAAGGACAAAACAACCCGUCCUAAAAAUAUCUACCCUUCCCCACCCCACCCCCUAGCCCCCCCCCCCCC